GCAGGGCCACGAGUGACCCAUCCACCGCAAUCAUGUCUGAACCGGUGAGAGUUCUGGUGACUGGAGCUGCAGGUCAGAUUGCCUACUCCCUGCUUUACAGCAUUGCUAAGGGUGAUGUCUUCGGUAAAGACCAGGCUCUCAUUCUUGUUCUGUUGGAUAUCACUCCAAUGAUGACGGUGUUAGAUGGUGUAGUAAUGGAAUUGCAGGACUGUGCUCUUCCUCUACUUAAAGAGGUUGUUGCCACAGACAAAGAAGAGGUUGCCUUCAAAGACCUUGAUGUGGCAAUUCUGGUUGGCUCUAUGCCAAGAAGAGAAGGCAUGGAGAGAAAGGAUUUACUCAAGGCAAAUGUGAAAAUUUUUAAGGCCCAGGGCACAGCUUUGGACAAAUAUGCCAAGAAAACUGUAAAGGUUGUAGUGGUGGGAAAUCCAGCCAACACUAACUGCUUGACUGCUUCUAAGUCAGCACCAUCUAUUCCAAAAGAGAACUUCAGCUGUCUGACUCGUCUGGAUCACAACAGGGCUAAAUCCCAGAUUGCCCUUAGACUUGGUGUGACUGCUAACGAUGUGAAGAAUGUCAUCAUCUGGGGAAAUCACUCUUCUACCCAAUAUCCAGAUGUUAACCAUGCCAAAGUAAAGCUGCAGGGAAAGGAGGUUGGAGUUUAUGAAGCUGUGAAAGAUGACAGCUGGCUCAAAGGAGACUUUAUCUCGACUGUCCAGCAGCGUGGAGGAGCUGUCAUUAAGGCUCGGAAACUAUCCAGCGCCAUGUCAGCUGCCAAAGCAAUCUGUGAUCAUGUCAGAGACAUUUGGUUUGGAACUCCAGAAGGUGAAUUUGUUUCCAUGGGUGUCAUCUCUGAUGGCAAUUCCUAUGGUGUCCCUGACGAUUUGCUCUACUCAUUCCCUGUUGUAAUCAAGGAUAAAUCUUGGAAAUUUGUUGAAGGUCUUCCAAUUAAUGACUUCUCCCGUGAGAAGAUGGAACUUACUGCAAAGGAACUGGCAGAAGAGAAAGAGACCGCGUUUGAAUUCCUUACCAGUGCAUGACUAAGCAAACAUCAUGGGCUCAUAAAACAUGUGAAAUCUGAAGAAUCUAAAUGUCGUCUUUGAAUCUAGUACCAAAUAUUAAUGCUGUGCUUAACCCCCUACUAUUUGUGAAAAUCGUGCAUUUUGAGCAUUAUGUUUGCUUCUUGGUACAUAUGUGCCUAAUGUCAUGUUAUGAAAUGAUGUUGGUGAGGAUCUAAUUAAAAUUAUAUAUUUGAGUGUGAAA